CUUUGAUUUUGUUUUGAAAUCUUUGGAAAAUUUUCAAACACGCGUUUUCAUUUAUUUUUUUGCAUUUAAAAAAGAAUUAAUUUCAUCAAUUAAAGAUGAAUAAUCAAGAAUUAACCGACUUCCUCAAAGAAUGUGGCGUUUGUCAAAUAUGUCAACUACGUUACUUAAAAGCUAGAGGUUCUGAAUACCAAGACAUGAAAGAAUCUUUCGAAAAAUUAAAUGUUAAAUUAACAAUUCCCGAUGACAACGAAGUAUUGUCAAAGAAAUCACGUCCAAAUCCAUGUUCGACAUGUUUGGGUUUAUUCUCUGAAGAAUUCCAACAAGAAAUCAUUGACAAAAUCACUUGCUGCAAUAUUGAUCAAUUUGAUUGCCAGCAAAUUGGAAUUGCUUUGUCAAUGCCAAUGCUCUUGCAAAUUCGUCAAUUAUCCAUGUGGUUUGCAUUGAUGAAAAAAUUUGGAAGCAAAAUCGACGAAGAACGAUCACCGGAUGUUCCUUUAAAAGAAGCUGCCAAGCUUAUUUUAAACCCAAUUAUAUGCAAAAAGCUUAACAAAACUUACAACAGCGAAGGUAUACUAAUCAAUGUAUUCCUCGAUCAUCCCGAUGAGGAGAACGACGUUGCCAAGUUGUUGAAGGUAAAUGAAUCGGUAUUUUCUAUGAAAAAUGCAAAAGGUAAGAAACAGCUUAUUACUAGAGCUUAUAUGGAAAAAAUGUUUAUUCCCUCGAAACUGUCUGCUGAUACAUUUGCCAAGCAAUUUGAAGUCCCAUGUCCCAUUCCAAAUUCGUAUUUAAUCCUUAAAGAAGUAACAUUGGCGGGUCCUUGUGUGUUUGUAGCUGGAAGAUACAGAAAGUUGUCACGGAAGCUAUCCCAUUCCCCUUGGGUGCUCCAAGGCAAACGUGUCAUGGAAGAUAGUAUCCAAGAAAUCAUUAUACGAAAUAUCGCUAAACACUUUGGAGUGGAAGAGGGUAAAAUAAUCUUCUCUUCAAGUGGUCGAGAAGAUGUCGAUGUUCGGUGUCUGGGACAAGGUCGUCCUUUUGUCUUGGAAAUACCGAAUUCCAAGAGAAUGACAUUGCCAAAAACCUUAGCUCAUGACAUCGAAUUGGAAAUUGAAAAAUCUGCAAGUAUUUCUGUAAAGAACUUGCAAAUGGUUUUGCGUGACGAUUUGGUUCACAUCAAAACUGGCGAAGAGAAAAAGAAAAAAUUCUAUAGAGCAAUGUGUGUUAUCGAACAACCAAUUACUGUGGAAGUACUUAAAAAACUAGAUUUACCUAAUGGAUUUGAUAUUGAACAGAUAACACCGAUUAGAGUGUUACAUCGUCGACCGUUGCUUUCAAGACCAAGGACAAUAUACAGUACAAAAGCAUGGGUGGAUGAACAAAAUCCAAAGAUUUUAAUUAUAGAUAUAAUUAGUCAAGCGGGAACUUACAUUAAAGAGUUGGUGCAUGGAGAUUUUGGCAGGACUAGUCCAAGUUUUGCAUCGAUUAUUGGACAACCAAUUGAUAUAAUUGCCUUGGAUGUGGUGGGAAUUGAUUUGGAUUGGCCAGCGAAUGUUGACAAUAGUAAAUUGGACGAGAAUGAAGUGAAUGGAAAUGGUUUGGCUUCAUGAUAGUACUUUUAUGUCAUUAAUAUUUUGUGUAGAAAUAAAGAUGACUGUAAAAGUGCAUUAAA